AGAACAGUCACAUGAUGACGUGAAGUAUAAAAAAUAACAUAGAAGCGUCUGAACAGUGAGAGCAGCAGCAGCUUCAGGAAGAUUCUUUAAAACUCUACAACGAUGAGUGAAUCACUGGUGGUGUGUGACGUGGAUGAAGAGCUCAUCAAGAAGCUGAAGGCUUUCCGUUUCCGUAAGGAGACCAACAACGCCGCCAUCAUCAUGAAGAUUGAUAAAGAGCGACAGCUGGUGGUUCUCGAUGAGGAGCAUGAGGACAUUUCUCCUGACGACCUGAAAGAAGAGCUGCCAGAGAGACAGCCCAGGUUCAUCGUCUACAGCUACAAGUACCAGCACGACGACGGCCGGGUGUCCUAUCCCCUCUGCUUCAUCUUCUCCAGUCCAGCAGGUUGCAAAAUGGAGCUGCAGAUGAUGUACGCAGGAAGUAGACAGGUCCUGGUAAAAGCUGCUCAGCUGUCAAAGGUGUUUGAGAUCCGAGCCACUGAGGACCUGACGGAGGACUGGCUCCGAGAGAGACUCGGCUUCUUCGGCUAAAGGCCCCCCCCCCCCCCACCCCCCCUGUGGGUCUGGGACGUGAGGAGGAUCCAGAUCGUGUCUCGUCUUUGGGAGAGCACGCCACCCUUAAUGUCCCCUCCUCUUUCUGCCCUGAUCCAUCAAACAGUCCUGUGCUCAGUUUUAGGCGUCUGCUGGUUGACCUCGGUAACUUCCUGUUCAGAACGUCUGUGCGUACCAAACCCCGCCCAUCCGCCCGCCUAAAACUGACCUCCGGUCUGUUCCAUGUGCCAGUAACGUGUCUUUGUUCCAUUAACACUCCGUAACUUUAACGGCGAUAGAAGAGAUGGAACUCAUCGGCCUUCCUCCGCAUCGCCAUUCAGGACGCGUUUGACCACUGAGCGUGUAGAAAGAUGGACGACGAGUGUCCAAAGUGAAGCCAAAACGACCUAAUGGCCGCUGACAUGUCAGAGUCUGCGGCACGUUACUGAUGCCCCGCCCCUUCCUCUUAGAGUGCUAAUUAAACAUUCUUUUUAAGGUCAAAGGUCGCUCAGGUGGGGUCAGUCCAGAACAGACAAUCAUCGCUAUAGGACUCCUGUGUUCGUUACGUUUCCUCUGAUAAUCUGCACAGUGACACAGGAGCCUCAUUGGUCGACAGAGCUGUCAAUCACUCCUUUAUAUAUCAUGAAUCAAAACUAAACUUGUCACUCAGCGUAAUGAGAAAUAUAACGACAGAAACCGUAUGACUCAUGUCUCAUCUGGUAACAUGGAGGAGGCGGAGCUUAUGAGCUGUACUGCAGCCAGUCAGCAGGGGGAGCUCUGAAUGUUUUGGCUUCACUUUGAGGAUGUCAUGUCGUCCAUCUCUAUCCAUCUCUGUCCAGUCUGUGGUAUCAACUCUUCCUCUCUCUCUUUUUUGUAGUUCUGAUAGUUUCUGCUGUUUGUAGUUUCAUGUAAAUAAAUCUUUCCUGUCAGUCGAACCUGCUGCAGUCCAGAGACCAAACGAGCAUCAGUCUCUCCUUAAAGGUUUUGAAUUCUACGUUUGUUAAACUGCUGAAUCAAUCUCUCCAACACUACGACCUGCACGACCAGCGCUGCAUUCACGUGGCGGUCUCUUCGUGGUUAUUACGAGUGAACACGAUAUUAAAAUAUAUUUCAUGUUUCAGAACUUCAGCAGGUCCUUUUACAGAGACACGUUUGAGAAAUGUCAAAGUUUAAAAUCACUUCUGGGUUCUGUGGGAAGGAAACCAAAACUCUCCCAGACAGAAACUCAUUCUUCUAAUUAUUCCGACAGCACGUGAAUGCAGCGUUCCACACGAACACGUGACGCGGUGCUGAAACAUUCCAGUUCAUUCAAACCGCAGACCUCCGUGACGGUUUUUUAAACACAGGGCGCCGUUAGCGGCGUCGUGCUGAUUGUUGGAUCAUUUGGUGCAUUAACAGCUGUUUGUGAUGAUGAAUGUUUCAGUCUUUAAAGAGAAGAAACACGACACAGAGGAGAUUUUAAAACACUAACUUUGUUUGAACUUGAAGUCAAACAGACGCCGUUUCUGUCUUUUUCAAAUGUCGGUAAAUUAAAUUAAGGAAACAGAUUUUCUUGACGAGAUUCGUACGCACAAUCCCUUCCUGUCAUGUCGUGUUUUGAUGUUGGACGUGAAUCAUUGACGGGGACGCCGCGGCGAGACUUACGAGUUAAUAAUACCCGAACCUACUGACCAUAAAGUUUAACGACCCUAAAAAAACACCUUUAACACUAAAUACAAACAGGAAGUCUGACUGCCUUUCUGUUGAAUUCUUUGAGAUUUAAAUAUGUGAAUAAAAAACGAGCUGCACGUGUCUCUCCUCUGUUCCUCCUCUAACCGUCAGAUUCUCGUCCUGAUGGGUUCAGCUGGAUCUGUUGCAUCCUGUGGAUCUGAUCCAUGACCCUCCUGUUCUAUUUUAAUCCUCUUUAACCUGACGGUGUGUCUUUAAGAACUUCUCAUUCCUUUGUAAGAAAAAGCAGCUGCCUCAUAGCGUCAGUGAAACUUGACAUAUUUGUAUUUUCUCGUACUUUAUAAAGUGUCUGUUAUCCUGUUGAACAAAUAAAAUGACGGUGAUGUUUAA